AUGGGUAAAUUCAGCCUUCGAAGAGGGGACGACGACGACGAUUCCAGCAGACUGGCUCUGUUUGGCUCUAGGAACAAAAGCAAAUCUCCUGCUCCUCCUUCACAGAAUCCUUAUGCAUCCACAAACCCUUAUGCACAGCCAGCGAUUCCGCCGGACCCGUACACAAAAGCUAAGAUGAGCGCUGGAAUUGUAACCCCUCAAGGUCAAGGCGGCCCUCCAGGCCCCGGCAGUUUUAAUGGCUUGCCUGGUCCGGGUCAACAGCGGCCGCCGUACGGAAGGGACAACGCAUACGGCAGUGCAUCAUCAGCCAAUUUUGGAGGAGGUAGUGGUUAUGGCUCAGACAAAUUCGGGAAUCAGAAUGGCUAUGGAGGCGGUGCACCUGGCGGCAACCCAUAUGCAAGCGUUCAACAGCCCAGUGGUACUUCACGGCAGGGAGGGUAUGGAGGAUUAGGUUCGUCUAAUCUCUACGAGAAUGACAGCAAUCGCGACGAGUUGUUUGGCGGAGCACGAGAACGGCUUGAACAAAAUCAACAAAAUCAAACAAGCGGGCCCCCCGAUUAUGAAUACAACCCCGGUGGCGACGCUGGUGACCAGAGCUACGGAGCAUAUGGCGAUCGUCAAUUGACUGCAGAGGAAGAGGAGGAAGAAGAUAUCAACGCUCUGAAACAAGACAUCAGGUUCAUGAAGCAGCAAGAUGUGGCAUCAACUAGAAACGCCCUUCGAAUCGCUGCUCAAGCUGAAGAGAUGGGCCGGAAUACCCUAGCCAGACUCGGUGCACAAGGAGAGAGAAUGCACAACACGGAUCGGAAUCUUGACCUUGGAAACAAUUACAUCAACAUCGCUGAGGACAAGACGAAAGAGCUCAAGACGUUGAACCGGAGCAUGUUCGCAGUCCACGUCAACAAUCCUUUCACUGCCAAGGACAGACGUGCGCGCCGAGAUGAACAAAUCAUGGACCGCCAUCAUGCCGAAAGAGAGGCGCGUGAGGCUACGCGAGAGGCAGCUUUCAAGAGCACCCAACGGAUGAAUCAAAAUUUCAAGGGUUUGGACGAUGCUUCAGGUGGUGGCGCGACAAAAACAAGUCUGGCCGAAAGGGCCAAGUACCAGUUCGAGGCCGACAGUGAGGAUGAGGCCAUGGAGAAUGAAAUUGACCGCAACCUCGACGAGCUCACUGGGGCAGCCAAACGUCUUAAUCUCCUCGCUCGUGCCACAGGAGAAGAAGUUGAGGCCCAGAAUACACUAAUCACAAACAUUGCAGAGAAGAGCGACCGUUUCGACGAUCGACUUCAUUUCCAGACCGAAAAGCUCAAGAGGAUACGUUAG